AUGAGCCAACCUAACACCGAGGAAGUAGGAUCCAAACAAAGAGGGACUACUGGAAAAAGGAAGAAGCUGGACAUGGAUUCAUCAACGGAAGAGGGGGAAACUCGGAAGAAAGAUAGGACUGAGGAUCAACAACUGGUAAAAUCGAUACACAAAGUGCUAAAAGCAGUAAAAAAGGUAAAAGAUUUAAUUGACAAAACAAACAAUACAAGAGGAGACAUACGAAACGCUACAAGGGAACUAGGACAUCAAGCUGAAAAGCUUAGCUUUGAUCUGGAAGGUUGGGAUAUACCGAGGCUGAAAGAAACUAAGGAAUUUUGCACGCAAACCGAGGAGGAGGAUAUACCUGGGGUUAAAGAAAAAAUUAACAUCGACAAUAUGAACAUAAAUAUUAAAGGAGUUCGUAAAAUAGGGGAAGGUGAUCUGCAAAUCACAAUUCAAGAAGGAAACGAGAAAGCCAGAAUUCUGGAAAAGGAGCUGAAACAAAAUUGCAAUGCGACAGAAAUUACAACGAGAAGCAGCGGCAAGACCCUUUACCUUCUAGGAAUAGACCCAACUGUUGGCGAGGAAGAAAUAAAAGUAAACCUAUGGAAAACCCUUAACAUAGACAAGGAUAGCAUAGAUGUAAGAGCGAUUAGAAAAUCCAGGUUGGAGAAUAACAUGGCGAUAGUAGUUAUGCCAGGGUCAGUGUUAGAGAACGGAUAA